AUUUUUGUUGUUCUUUAAGACUUACUUUAUUCAUUUCAAUUGCCACACCGCGAAAAUGAUGGACUUCCAUAUUGCAAAGCAAUCUUAACACAGAUACAAUCAAGAAAUCUAUUGGAAAACUGCGUUUGAAAAAUCAGAAGGUUGAAUUCUUUAUAAAUUGAUGUAAAACUUUGAAAAGAUUUUCAGAGUGUUGUUGGCAUUAGUGGCGUUGAGUUUAGUGAAAAUAAGUUUCGGUGAUGAUGAAAAGAAUUGCAUUAUGUUUCGCUGUCUUUAUCAAAUUAUGUAACUGUGACUUGACUGAGAAACCCGAAUGGUUGAAGAGUUGCCAAUUUAAAGAUCCCGACUUCACCAAAUGUUCAACAAUCGGUGUGCAAGCUUUAUUUGAUAAUCUUGUAAAAGGACUUGAAGGCAUCGAAGGACUUCAAUCGAUCGAUCCUAUGAGAAUUGAUAGAGUGGGAAUUCUACAAGGUGAAGGCCCAGUUAGUGUCAACGCAAGUAUCUCAAAAGUCAAAAUUACUGGCAUUUCAAAGGUUAAAGUCAUAGAGAAUCAGGUCAGCAGUAAAGAUUACAGUUGGAUCACAAUCGUGAAACUUCCUAAAAUGAGAUUGGAGGGAAACUACCACAUGAUGGGGCGGAUUCUCGUAAUUCCGCUCAACGGUCGUGGUAAAUGCUGGUUUGAGCCAUCCAACAUGGAUAUAAAGUUUUACACAAAAACAAGACUUUAUGCGAAAAAUGAUCAUACGUUUUAUAAUGUGACAGGAUGUCGUGUUCAUUUCAACAUGGAAGGUCUUAAAUUAAGAAUGGAUAAUCUUUUCGAAGGUGUAAAAGUUCUCGAGGAUUCUACAAAUCUAUACCUGAAUGAAAAUUGGCGGCCAGUAAGUGAAGCAUUGAAACCAAUCAUUUCAAAAAACAUUGAAGAAAUUUUACUUGGCAUUAUGAGCAAAAUUUUCCAUCAAAUUCCUGGCGACUUUUUCAUCAGUGAUUUGCCAAAACCAAAUGAACUUAAACAAGCCAAUUAAUCUUUUUAUACAUUUAAUGAAACAUGAAUUUGUUCAUCUAGGUAAUAAAAGUUAAUUAUAAUCUGAA